AUGGAUGAUGCGGAGGCCUGCUUCAUCCUCAGCAGCAGAAAUGAAGUGGACCGCACCGCUGCUACAGUGAAAUACAUCCCAAGAGUCUGCCAACAUAUACGGCGAGCUGAUGAGACAAACUGGUUACAGCAGGAAAGCCAUCCAUACGGAGGACCGGCUUCACCUGAACUCAGGAUUGUUCUUCUGGGUAAAACUGGAGCAGGUAAGAGUUCAGCUGCAAACACUAUACUGGGAAGACAGAAUUUUGAGGCGGAUGAUUCAGCAGACUCUGUUACUAAAACUUGUGAGAGAGGACAAGUUGAGAUUGAUGGAAAGAAGGUCUCAGUCAUCGACACUCCAGGACUGUUUGAUACAAGACUCACAGAACAAGAAAUGAAGCCAGAAAUUGAGAAAUGUGUCUACAAAUCUGUUCCUGGUCCUCAUGUGUUUCUGCUGGUCAUCAGACUGGGCGUGAGAUUCACAGAAGAAGAGAAAAACACAGUCAAAUGGAUUCAGGAGAACUUUGGAGAAGAAGCUCCAUCUUACACCAUCAUUCUGUUUACUCAUGCUGAUGCACUCAAAAGACCAUUAGAUGAGCAUAUCAAAAGCAGCAGUCACCUCAAGGUUCUUGUUGACGAGUAUGGCAGCAGAUAUCACUCAUUCAACAAUGAAGACAUGAAUGAUCGUUCUCAGGUCAGAAAACUGAUGGAUAAAAUCGAUAUCUUGCUGAAGAAGAAUAAAGGAGAGCAUUACACUAAUGAAAUGUACCAUGACGCUCAGAAGAAGUUAAACAGAGAAAGGUUCUGUAAGUGUGUUUGUGGUUUGUCCUGUUUCCUUCAUCAGUAUUACACUACCUGA